AAAUCACAAAUUAACCAUACAAAUUGUUCAACACCAAUCUAGAAAACUCAAGAAAAUUGAAGCAAAUCACAAAUUAUCCAUAAACAACAUGAUUAAUUGAAAGCUUCUUCCUCCUUGUCAAUUAAGUUAUUUCACUCUCCACUCGAUAAUAUCAACUUCAUUCUACACAAUUAGAAAGAAAAAAUUAGACAUGUAUCCACAAACAUAAAGAAGAUUAGUUGUUUAGAAUAUUAAAUACACCGGAAAAAUUAAUUAUAUGGGUGUGGACGGGUACCUAUGGGUCGGGUUUACCUAAACCUAAACCCGUCAACACGGAAUUUACCAGCGUUGACCGGGUUGAGUCGGAUAGGGUACCCGUGGGUUCGGAUUUUGUUGCCAUCCUCAGUGGGAAGUCCAGCCAGCAAAAGGCCAAGAUCAGGUGACUAAGUUAAUCUCAGCCAUUGAAGCUCAUUAAAAUAUAAUGAUUCAGAUUUAUCUAGUUUAAUAAAGGGUAAUGUGGUAAUUAGUUGAGUAGUAUGGAAUACCCCCGGCGUCUCCCGCCUCUUCCGGUCGGCGAUCCAUUUCAAUUUUCCCCAUGGCAUGAGAAUGGGAAAUAGGGCCUGGGAAUGGGAAAUAUAUCCCCUCUCUAUGGAGUUCCUCGCGCACAGAAAGAGGAGAGAGAGAGAGUUUUUGUUGACGAAGGAGAUUUUUCCGCCAACCAACAACGACAUAGAAGGAUUUUCCGGCGACAGUGGUAGAUUUGUGAUGUUUGUUGAUCUAUUGAUCUAUUUUGUAAUGUUUGUAUCGAUUCGGUUUGUAUUGUUCAUCAUUCUUGUUUGUCAUUUUUUAGUGACAUUUUGUACGGUUAGUAUGCUUUGUACUAUUUGUCGGUUUAUUUUGUAAUGUUUGUAAGCUUUGUUAUUUUUGUGCACCAUGUUUAUCAUUUUUGUCAACCAUGUUUGUAAUGUUUUUUAUGUCUGAAAACAACCUGGUUGACUUUUGGAUGAAACUCCUCUAUAUAGGGAUGAAGCCUCCAAAGUCAACUCGGGUGUUUUUCCAGUUUGUAUGAAUUGUCGGUUUAGUUUGUCAUUUUUGUCCACCAUGUUUGUAUGUCUAAAAAACACCCGGGUUGACUUUGGGACGGAGCCCCUCUAUAUAGGGAUGGAGUCUCCAAAGUCAACCCGGUUGCUUUUUUCUUUUUGUAUGGUUUGUAUUGUUUGUCGAUCUAGUUCGUAUUGUUUGUACAGUUCAUAUGUUUGUAAUGUUUGUAAAUCUGUUUGUAUGUUUUGUCGUUCUACUUUGUACUGUUUGUAAGUCGUUUCGUAUACUUCGUAAUUUUUCAUAAUACCCAAACUAUCAUGUCAUUAAUUAAAUAACCCUUCCCACUUUUUAACCGUGAGAUUGUUGUGUCCAGAUCUAAGGGCUGAGAGUGGUUUAUUCAAGUGACUAAGCACCCCCUUAGUCACAUGAUCCUCUCUUGCCAGAAAAAGGGGUUAUGUAUCUACGUUCAUAUUUUUUAAUUUUUAUGUGUGUUUCUAAUAAAAUAUUUUUAGUGAUAAAUGUGAAACAAUUUAAUAAUUCAGUGAUCAAACUUGUCAUUUAUUAUUAUAAAACACAAUGAUAAAGAAACGGCGUCGUGUUAUGGUAGUAUUUUCCAGUUUUCAUCACCAUCUACUACGAGACGCUUCAAAAUCAAAACCCUUCAAUUGAGUCUAGGGUUUUUGGCCUCCAAAUCGAACAAUGGUGUUAUCAAACAAGAAGCUGAAGCAAAAGCUAAGAGAAGCAAAGGCCGAGUCUUUGGCUUCAUCGAUAUCGGGGGAAUCAGUAUCCAACUCAAAUGGAGAUGCGGGCGCGAUUUUGGGGUUGCAGGAGCGACUGGAUGCAGCAAAACAGAAGACGCGGCUUGCAAAGAAGGACAAGAGAAGUAAUUCCCGAGGCCUAGAGAAUGAUGAAGGAAAGGGUCCAACCGGCGUGAAGAAGGAAGUGCUGGAAAAUGGCGAUGAGAAGACAGAGGAGGGGAAGAAGAGGAAGAGAGAAGAGGGGAAGAAUGGCGAGAAGAAGGACGGCAAGCAGGCUAAAAUGAAGAAGAAAAAGGAGAAGAACAAGAACAAGAACAAGAAGAUCAAGGCAGCUGAAAAUGGCAAGGACGAGAAGUCCGCGGUUAUUGUUGGGGGAGCAGGCGAAGUAGAAAUGAAAGGAAUUGUUGAAAGUUCAGUGAAAAUGGAGACUGCAACAAAAGUUUAUGUUGGGGGUAUUCCAUACUACUCAACUGAAGAUGAUAUUCGGAGUUUCUUCGAUAGUUGUGGUACCAUCACAGAAAUUGAUUGUAUGAAGUUUCCUGACAGCGGGAAGUUUAGAGGAAUUGCCAUUAUUAACUUCAAGACUGAUGCUGCUGCCAAACGGGCCUUGGAUCUUGAUGGAGCUGACAUGGGUGGAUUUUUCCUGAAGGUCAGGCCAUAUAAGGCAACAACUCGACAAACUAAAGUCCCUGAUUUUGUUCCACAAAUUGUAAAAGGUUACAACCGGAUCUAUGUCGGGAACUUACCGUGGGAUAUAACAGAAGAAAACCUCAGGAAGUUCUUCUCAGAUUGUACUAUAUCGUCCAUCCGUUUUGGCAUGGACAAAGAAACAGGGGAGUUCCGAGGUUACGGCCACGUUGAUUUCUCAGAUGAUGUCUCAAUGAUGAUGGCACUGAAAAUGGAUCAGCAAGUUCUGUGUGGCAGACCAAUUAAGAUCAGUUGUGCAGUUCCCAGGAAAGCAGGAGAAGCCCGACCAAAGGAUGGCCCUCGGCCUUCCAGAAAUGACGAAGUCAGUAAUCCUGAGGUCAUUCCAACUCCUCCCGUUGUAGAAACUACUGCAGCAAGUAUUGAAGCCAGCUACUAUGAUAUUCCUACAUCUUCCAUCGUUGAAGUUGUGAGAAAUGAAGCCAGUAGCGAGGCACCAGCCCCUGUCAGUGGUAAGAUAAAGAGGAGGACCUGCUAUGAGUGUGGUCAAAAGGGUCAUAUUUCAACAGCUUGUCCGAAUAAGCCUGAUGUACCAAACCCCAUUACAGAUUGAACCGAGUCCAACUUCCUAGUCUUGCCUUUUCUUUUGCUCCCUGUUUUAGGGGAGAGAGAUGCUAGGCCAUCCAGAAAUAUUGUUUGGAGGUUAUCUGGCGAUCAUAGGGAGUGUUACUAUCACAAUUUUGUAUGCUAGAAUUUUGAUUUGUGAACCAAUGACGGAAGUGUCAGUGGGUUAGUUUUGUUUAUCUGUCUGUUUAUACUACAUGUACCAAGCAGAAAGUUAACAAGAGAUUAUUGAAAUACCAGUUUUUGUUCUUGCUCUGAGAUUGAGAGAACUGUUGUGGUUUCCUUCUCAUGUUUUGACUUCAUUCACCAGGUGGCUCUGCUACUUGGCUUUAUUAAGCUGAUCUUAUUUGCGAUGCAUAUAUGGCCGGUGCAGAUGGUGCAUGAAUUAUUAAUCAGCUAAACCCUAUGCUUGGUUUGUUAACAUACUUGAAUUUUAUGCUGACGGUCUUUAAGUGGGCAUGUUGUAUUGCACAGCUUCCUGGCUGAGAAAGCAAAGGACAGGCUGCCAGGUGCUGCAGGUAAUGCGCUUGCUUAACUUCUACCUUGAGACCUCUCCCCCUUUGCUAGAGACAAGAAAUGGCAUCCUGACAUCUUUGUAUGUGCUCAAUCUCUUACCCUUCACUUGGGAAGUUCCAUUCAUUGAAAUGAUUGGUUUCACUUGUAUUAACAGAAUGAAAUCUGUGUAUGUAGUGUGCAGCUGAAUUGGAUUGAAUGGAUGAAAUUGGUGCAGACCGAAUAUAAAUUGAUUUGGUUCAG